AUGCGCAUGGGACUGCACCGAGACCCAGCUCACUGGCCAACUAUUCGACCAUUACAAGCAGAGCUCAGACGAAGGAUAUGGAUGACGCUCUACGAUAUGGAUUUCUUCACCAGCACACAAGUUGGACUGCCACGAAUCAUCAAGGACUCCCAGUGUGAUACACACCCUCCUGCCCACUUGCUUGACGGAGACAUAAGCCUCGAGCAUGACGAAGCUCCAGACGAGCGGCCACUGACAGAGCCCAGCUCGCUGCUAUACAUCAUCCAAAGACACCGCAUCAUCACACUGGCGGCCGAGAUAUACGAUGCAACAGAAGGAGGACUGCCCUUGGCCGCCACAAUUUCUGCACUAAGCACCAAGCUUGAAGAAACCGUCGAACCUAUACCGGCAUGGCUAAAGCACAAAACGCUCGAGGCAUCGAUUGCCGACAACCCCAUCACGAUACUGUAUCGUAUGUUCUUGGACAUUUUGAUACACAAGGCUGUCUAUCUCCUGCACCGACGAGCCUUUGUGAAAAGCUCUUCUGGAGAAGAAAACGCCAAAUCUAGCAAGGCGUGCAUCGAUGCUGCCCUAGCAAUAUUGCCCUCCGUGAUAUCUGACCAUGCUAAUGCUGGGGUAGAUCUUUUCAAAAAUAUUCCAGGAGUAAUCGCGCCGGGCCAUCGCGACCCUUUUGAGGACAUGGCUUUGGAUCCAUCUCUCUUUGGGAUGUUUGGAAGUAUGCCGGGCGACCUUACUUUGUGA